UAAGGACUCUUUUGAAGAAGAAAGUGGGCAACAUGUGGAGCAACCUGAAGAGUAAAUGCCAGACAUUAUUUCACAACAACAGUUUGGAACCCAGUGAAAAAAGGAUUGAGGCAGAUGCUGUCCACUGUGUAGUGGAUCUUGGCCAAGGAGGCAGCUCAAGUGAUGCACACACAUCAGGAUCUUCAAGCCCGUUGAGGAACCCUUUACCAGUGCCAAUGGUACCAGCAGGGCGCCGCCAUCACAACUGUGUGUCAGACAUACCGCAGAUAGUAGAGAUCAGUAUAGAUAAAGACACAGAGGAUGUUCGAGGGGGCCCAGAGGGUGUUCCCCUGGCGCGUAGAGACUCGUAUUCACGACAUGCUCCGUGGGGGGGUAAGAAAAAACAUUCAUGUUCCACCAAAACCCAGAGCUCUCUGGAGGGAGAAAGGCGGUCUGGACGUUUACAAAGAAGUGUGAACCGCAGAGACAGGCGUAAUGGAGUCAGCUCUAUCCAGGAGAUGAGCGACACUGUGUCUGGUGGAUGUAAUCUCAACGGUCGGUCUUUGCGUCAACGGCUUAGUGAUACAGUAGGACUCUGCUUACCCCUGCCAGCACGAAGACGCUCUCGUUCAACUAAGAACCCCAUCACCUCUAAGCGUAAAAUUCACCUUACUGAACUUAUGCUAGAGACCUGCCCUUUCCCACCCGGGUCAGAUCUGGCUCAUAAGUGGCACUUGAUUAAACAACACACAGCACCUGUCAGCCCUCAUUCCUCCACUGCUCUGCUUGAUGCCUUUGACCCAGCCCACACCUCUCCAGAGGAUGAAGAAGAACGUCUGCGUGAGCGUCGCAGACUUAGCAUCGAGGAGGGUGUGGACCCACCACCUAAUGCACAGAUCCACACCCUUGAGGCCUCAGUGCCGGGCACUUCUCUCUACAAACUGGGACCAAAGAUGGCUCCUGGCAUAACAGAGGCCUCUGGGGAUGGCCGUGUUUCUGGAUCUAGCAACUCCAUUGUUGCAGGUCCAUCAGGGGCUUGUGGGCAGGUCUUGGGGCCAGCAGCCACUUCACAAGACUGUGAUUCAGAGGAGGAUUCUACCACCCUCUGUCUGCAAGCCAGAAGGCCCAAGCAGAGGCAUGCCUCUGGAGAGGGUCACCUGAGCCGACAGCAACCUGGACCCUGGAAAGUGCACACCCAGAUAGACUACAUCCAUUGUCUGGUGCCAGACUUAUUGCAGAUCACAGCUCUGCCCUGUUACUGGGGUGUGAUGGACCGAUAUGAGGCAGAAGCUCUUCUGGAUGGACGGCCAGAAGGCACCUUCUUGCUGCGUGAUUCAGCUCAGGAGGACUACCUCUUCUCCGUUAGCUUCCGCCGUUACAACCGNNNNUUGCAUGCUCGCAUUGAGCAAUGGAACCACAACUUCAGUUUUGACGCCCAUGAUCCUUGUGUAUUCCACUCUUCCACUGUCACAGGACUGCUGGAGCACUACAAAGACCCCAGCGCCUGCAUGUUUUUCGAACCUCUGCUUACAGCACCUCUCCAUCGAACCUUCCCCUUUGGCCUGCAGCAUUUGGCACGUGCUGCCAUCUGCCGCUGGACCACGUAUGACGGUAUAGGCUCACUGCCUCUGCCCCCUGCCCUGCAGGACUUCCUCAAGGAGUAUCACUAUAAACAAAAAGUACGAGUACGCUGGCUGGAGAGGGAACUGCCACUCAAGGUCAAAUAGGGCUGGUUUCUCCGUACACACACUGCAGGAGGAUCACAGGACUUGAAUUUGAAAUUUCUUGUUGGUUAAUUAGAAGCUAUACUGAUCUGACUCUUAUAGACUGGUGAGGAUGGAGUUUAAAUGUAACAAGCUAUACAAGAUUCAUUCUAAUCUUUUAGUUAGUACUUACGUCACAAAAACACAUAUGAUUAUAUUCAGUAUAUUGCUGUUUGGCAAGCACACGUUUUUGUGUUCAACAGGUUGUUUUAAUAGGAAGAGAAGGCACAAAUAUCAGUGCUUUGUGUCUUUGUCCUCCUGCUUGUGCUAAAAGUCUGCCUGAUCCCACGUCACCCUGUAGACCUCCCUGCAUGUCUCCAAUGUCCAUAGCGAUGUUGUACAGUUCACCUAGCGCUUUGUCUAAUUAUUUUGUUAAUUCCCUUGUCAAGGCACCUUCCCAAGUGGUUUAAAGGUGUGUUUGGGUUGAGAGGGCAUUUGGAGGUGCUACUGGUGUAUUACAGUCAGGGCUGGUCCUAUGGACACAGCUGUAUAAGGCACAUUUUUGGCCAUCUCUUUGCACUUGAGAGUGCAGCCAUGCCAGAGAUGGGGACUGAUUCUAUGAGUUUUGUAGAGUCAGGAAAGCACAUCAGGGAAAUAACAUGCUUUCCGUGGGAAAUAGAUUAGUCCUCAGAACCACUGUUUUCUUGCUAAACAGCGGUACUGAGUAACGGAUACAUUAAGUCUAUAUCCAGUGUUGUGAGCAAGAUCAAUCCUUACCCCACCUCAUUUUUGUACAAUACUCAUAGCUUACUGUUAGUCCUUACACUCUGCACGCUGUUGUCCACUGGUACACCCAGUUAAUUUCUUCCUGUUUGAAAUUGAGUUGUUAUGGCAACGAACGAGCACUCUGGUGUCUAAGGCUUCAUUUUAAACCUGCUUCCUCAAGUCCUUCUGCUUUUCACCAAUAGAUGGUUUUACAAGAACACCUGACCCCUUUGCAUUUGAGUUGCUUAUUUUAGUAAAUUGUGGAAUACAGAAGCUAACCGGAAGCUUCUGUCAUUGUAAGGAAAUUAAGAGACUACACUGUGUGUGAGUGUGUGUGGCAAGUAGUAGGUAAAGACAAUCAAUUACAUUUCAAAUCACUUUUACCCUUAAACACAUGAUCAGUUACAGCUGGGAACGUUUGUUUGUGUGGGUGUGUCUCAUGAAAGAAAACUUCAGUUUGGUUGUCGUGUUCCUCCUAAAUUAUUAUGAAUUUUAUUUAAAAUCAUUGAAGCUGUGUAUAGAGGAUGUCAAAGUUGCAGAAACCUGAGCUUUUCAAACAGGCAAAACAUUUAAAUGGUGCUUUUUUUGUGUCAUUUUAUUGUAAUAGGGACUCAAGUUGGUCAAUGCCCAUUGCAUUCAUUACUGUUACUAUAUAUUUAGGUUUUUUUUUUUUUAAAUAAUUGUAUCGUCAAAGUGUAUGUGGCUCUCACAAUUUCAAAUGACAAGACACGAAAGUAGACAUUUACUUGCAUUCUGGUUUGUGGUCUCUUUAUUUUAGCUUGCUAGCAGCAACAUGUUAGAAUUAGAUAACAUCUUAGGGAUAGGGAUAGCUAAAGCAAAGGUGUGCAAUUAAAGCAGAUACGCAGAAAUGAAUGUUGCACAGAAUUAUAGAUCACAGAUGGCUACAAAGUAUCAAAAUAAAUCUUGGAGGUACUUUGUCAGGCAAAAAACUAUAAGGGUCGUGUAAAGAUUUGGUUCCAUUUUUAGUGUGUUCAGCUGUUUUUGUGUUCGACUGAAUCUUUUAAUUUCCACCUUUAGUUUUAA